GAGGGAUGUAGAGAGAUAGAGAGAGAGACGUUCGUUGCAGACAAUGGCGAUUCCGAUGACGAGAAUGAUGGUUCCUCAGGCAAGCUCUUCGCUUCGUCUUUCCCAUCCAAACGUAUCAAACUCCAGUCGCGUUGAUUUCCUCUGUCGCUGUGCUCCAUCAGAACUCCAACCACUUCGGCCUGGACUCUCUUUGUCUGCCGGAAUUCACGCUAUACCGCAUCCAGAUAAGGUAGAGAAAGGUGGGGAAGAUGCUCUCUUUGUAAGUAGCUACAGAGGAGGAGUCAUAGCUGUUGCAGAUGGUGUUUCCGGAUGGGCUGAACAAGAUGUUGAUCCUUCCUUGUUUUCCAAAGAGCUCAUGGCUAACGCUUCUCGUCUUGUUGAUGACGAAGAGGUUAGAUAUGAUCCUGGUUUCCUCAUUGACAAAGCUCAUACCGCAACUACUUCCAGAGGUUCUGCCACAAUUAUUGUAGCCAUGCUUGAGGAAGUUGGUAUUCUCAAAAUAGGCAAUGUUGGAGACUGUGGACUUAAGCUUCUUCGAGAAGGUCAGAUCAUUUUUUCGACUACUCCACAAGAGCACUAUUUUGACUGUCCCUAUCAACUAAGCUCUGAAGGGUCUGCUCAAACAUAUCUAGAUGCAUCGUUCAACAUAAUGGAAGUGAAGAAGGGAGACGUGAUCGUGAUGGGUUCAGAUGGGCUUUUCGAUAACGUGUUUGAUCAUGAGAUUGUUUCGAUAGUGACCAAGCAUACAGAUGUUGCAGAAUCAUCGAGGUUAUUAGCUGAAGUGGCGAGUAGCCAUUCAAGAGAUCCAGGGUUUGAGUCUCCAUAUGCAUUGGAAGCAAGAGCCAAGGGGUUUGAUGUUCCUAUCUGGAAGAAGGCAUUAGGCAUGAAGCUAACAGGAGGGAAGCUUGAUGAUGUCACUGUGAUUGUUGCCAAAGUUAUUAGCUCUUGAGAGUCACUCUGUUCAUGACAAAGAUUCAUGUGAUCUUCUCAUUAUUCUUUUUGUACAAGUCCUUGUAGAAACUUGUCUUUUCCAAUAUCUUAUCAAAGAAAUAGAUAAAUGGGAUUUCAAACAAUCAAGAAUGUCUUUGAGAUUGAAUCUUCAUCCUUGUGAAUGGACACUAUUUAAAGCUCAUCUAUUCCUUUUAGUACUUCUCAUAAAAACAAAUAAAAAUACAAAAUUUUCUACCGUCAAUGAAAAUCAAAAAGAACAAAAAAAAAAAACGCUUUGGGUUGGAACUCUAACCUGACAAACAUUAUUAC